AUGGUCCUCCGCGAGGUCAGAGAAGGCCAGUCAGGCCUACCCGUGCCCAACUCAACCCUCUCCUACUGGCACAAAGACCCCUCCCCAAAGCUCCUCAACCACCGCACGACAGCCGACCUCCCCGCCACAGCCGACACCAUCAUCAUCGGCACCGGCAUGACGGGCUCCUUCGCCGCGCGCUUCCUCAAAGAAGCCCAGCCCAGCUCGCGCCUCGUCAUGCUCGAGGCCCGCGAGGCCUGCUGGGGCGCCACGGGCCGCAACGGCGGCCACUGCCAGCCGUUCCUGUACGGCACGUCGCCCGAGGUGGCCAGGUUCGAGCUGGAGACGUACUUCUUCCUGCGGGAUCUCGUCGAGCGCGAGGGCGUCCAGUGUGGGUGGCGCAGCCUGCCGGGCGUGCACGCCAUGCUCAGCGAGGACGUGUACGAGGCGGCCAAGGAGGCGGUUCCCAGGCUGCGGGAAAAAGUGCCCGAGUUUGCCGACAAGAUUGUCGCCGUUGGGCCGGACGGGGUGGUGCGGAGCUUGACCCUGGACACCCUGCGCCUGAACCAGCCCGACGUCAAGGGCGCCAUCGUGCAGCGGUACGCGGCCAGCAUGUGGCCGUACAAGCUGGUGUGCUGGGUCCUCGAGACGCUGCUGGCCACACACGCGCCGGCCGCCUUCAACCUGCAGACUAACACGGCGGUGACGGGCGUGUCCAGGGCAGCCGACGGCAGGCAGUGGACGGUGCAGACGGCGCGCGGGCCCAUCACGGCGCCCAAGGUGCUCCUGGCCACCAACGGCUAUACGUCACGCCUGCUCCCGGCCUUCUCAGACCUGAUCGUGCCGGUGCGCGGCCAGGUGGGCGCGCUGCUGCCGCCCACGGAGCCGAGGGUGGGGCUGGACUACUCGUACGUGUUCUUCGGCCGGCUCAAGGACGAGGACGACAGCGCGGCGACGCGGGACGAGUACCUCGUGCAGAGGCCACUUCCCGGCGGGGAGCUGAUCCUGGGCGGCGGCAGACACCUGGCCAAGGGCAUGGCGGUGGGCGAGUGGCAUGAUGAUGUGGUGGAGGAGAGGGUGGCGGCGUGGCUGCGCACGGAGCUGGAGCCUGUGCUGGACCUUGACGGCAAGGAGGAGAACAAGAAGAGGGGGCUGGAGGCGGCCAUGGAGUGGACUGGGAUCAUGGCGUAUUCGCGCGACCAGAGCCCCUGGGUCGGUCCUGUGCCGGAGAGCCUGGGCGGCGGGGAGGGCUUGUAUAUUGCGUCUGGGUUCACGGGACAUGGCAUGCCGCGGUGUGCGCUGGCGGGUCGGGGCGUGGCGAGGAUGAUGGAGGGGGAUCUGGAGGGGCAUGGUGUGCCGCAGGUGUUUUUGGUGGGUGCUGAGAGGGCGGAGAAGGCGAGG